CAAAGUGGCCUGAAACGGCGUCAAAAUAUACCGACAGCUGCCCUCCGAUACUCUCGAGGUUUCCUGGACUACAAUGAUGGAUCUUCCGUGCGUCCAGUGGCAAGACCACGUUGCACAGAAAUGGACCGGACUCGACCCCGAGUUAAAGGAGCAUUUUACAUCCCUGCUUGAAAUAGAUGAUGUAUUUAAGUGUGCCUUAACUCUGACAACCCAAGAUGAUCUGGAUUCUCUGCAGUCAAUCUCUGCAAGACACUCAGUACAGAAGGACACAGAGCAAGCAGCCAAAUGCAGGGCGAGGGGAAACUCUAGCUUCAAGACCAGAGACUACACUGCAGCUGCUCUGCAUUAUUCACAGGGCAUCUGUUUUGCUCCUCAAAGUUCGGAGCAGCUGUCUCUGUGUUAUGCCAACCGCUCUGCUGCGCUCUACCAUCUGCACAACUACCAGAAAUGCCUUGAUGACAUUGAUAAAGCCCUGAAGAAUGGCUACCCUUCUCAUCUUUUACACAAACUAGAGGACCGUCGCGCACAGUGUCUCAAACACCUCUCUGGAGGACAAAAGGCAAAAGAGGAUCGUCACAUUCCUGCCUCAAAAAAUCUUAACGGUCCAGAAAGAGUAAAUGCACCAUCUGUUGGACCUCUCACAUGUGGGAUUUGUCCUCAAGCGACCGUGGGCUUCAGCCCGGAGAAAGGUCGACGCCUGGUGGCCGCAGAGAAAAUAGCAGCUGGGGAGAUGAUCCUUAAUGACAGGCCGUACAGCUGUGUCCUCAUACCAGGGAUGGAGGAGGUGGAAGGGAAGAGAGUAAGGCUGGACACAGAGAGAGGAGUGUUUGGAACGGAGCACAGGCGAUGCCACAGGUGUUUGGCAGAAACACUGUGUCCUGUGCCGUGUGACGGAUGUAGUUACAGCCGAUACUGUUCAACUGGCUGUCAGCGGGACGCCUGGGAAGAACAUCACCGCUGGGAGUGUCCACUGGGAGCAGAUCUGAUGGUGAUGGGUGUGAUGUCACAGCUCGCUCUGAGGGUAACACUAAAGGCGGGGUUAAAAAACGUCCAAACGGCCAGGGAACCAAUCACGGACAAGCACACAAAGUCUGAGCCAAGUUGUCUAAACAGAGAGUCAAGUGAAUCCUAUCCAUGUCAUACAAGUCGACCCGAUCCUUCUACUUCGUACUACGGUGACUCUUACCUGAGUGUGUUCCACUUGCUGCACCACCUGAAUCACCACAGCCCUGGUUUGCGUUUCCUGAGUGCUGUUACUGUAGCAACACUUUACCUGAAGCUCAGCAAGGAGGGACCUCCACCUGCAUCUUGGGACCUCAGUGGGCCCUCAGGGCCAAACAGGCGAUCACCAGACGAGGAGGGAGGUCACACAGCUUGGACCUCGGAGCUGUGGCUGCUGGGAAGUGCAGUUCUGAGGCACAUCCUGCAGCUCAGGUGUAACGCCCAGGCGAUCCUCAUGUUGCAAGAUACAGGAGCAGGAAACUCACCAGUGCAGUCCAGCAGGGAAAUCCGCAUUGCAACGGCAAUAUUCCCAACGCUUAGUCUUCUGAAUCACUCCUGCUGUCCCAACACCAGCCUGGUGUUCAGCACUGGAACUGACGUUGAUCCCUCUGGUUCAUGUCAGUCUGCAGACUUCAGUGGGAGCGAGGCUGAGCAUAGAAGCACAGCCCGUGGAGUCACUGUAACUGUCAGAGCAGCCAGAGGUAUCACUGCAGGACAAGAGAUCCUGCACUGCUAUGGUCCUCACAGCGUUAGGAUGGUGACCCGAGAACGCCAGCGUCUCCUGCAGGAACAGUACUAUUUCCUGUGUCAGUGUGGGGCCUGCACCCUGACCCAGGAGGAGAAGGAAGGUGCAGAAGGCAGACAGCAGCGGUCAGGUGUCGGACAUAGUCGACAAGAUUCUGGACUCCUGUGUGGCAAGUGCAAAGGAUUUCUCAAAAAAGGCAGUGUGGACAAAGGGACAGGAUUUAUAUGCCCGCAUUCAUCCUGUGGUCAUUGUAUAUCUUCAUCGGAAGUGAGCCACAGGCUGCAGGAGAUCAGGGUCGACCUGGAGAAAGCUGUGGACCUCAUGGAGAGAGAGAGGCCAGAUGAGGCUCUGAGACUACUGAAUAGGGCUCAGUGUCAGUCCGGACUAAUCCUUGCGGAGACCCACCCUCUGCAGGGGGAGCUGGCUGACGCCAUGGCCAGAGCAUACGCUACAAUGGGUGACUGGAAUAAUGCAGCCUCCCAUUUGGAGCGAAGCGCCGCAGCAAUUGGCUCCCAGUACGGAGAUGACAGUAUUGAACUGGGUCGACAACUCUUCAAAUUAGCUCAGCUGCACUUCAAUGGUGGCGCCACAGGCCCGGCCCUCUCCGUCAUCCCCAAGGUCAGACGACUCCUCUGCCUUCACUGUGGCCCUCACUGCCAUGAAUUACAGGAACUGCAAGCCAUGGAGGACUGUCUGCGAGGGUAGCCUUUAAUAAUCACAAGAGUGAACAGUCGAAACUCAUCGAAACUGAAUAAA